CUCCUUUAACAAACAUAACAAAAACAACACAACAUUCAUUCAUUCCUACAAACAACAAACACAAAGGUAAGAAAGAGAAAAAGAAAAAUGAAUCAUUCAAUUUUCUUUCAAGAUUAACACACAAAAAGAAGAGAGAAAGAGAGAGACCCAGAUAAUUAUUUGGGUCGGGUUCGGGUAUCUCGGAUCCGAUUCUUGAUUUCAAUCAUUUGUAGUGGUGGUGGAGCUCCCUUGUUGUGUGAUUCUUUCUUGUUAUAUUCUUAUCUUAAAAAUUCAUCAUUUUCUAGAUUAGGUUUUUGAUAAAGUGAGGUUUGAAUGGCUGGGAUUGAUGAUAAUGUUACUCUUAAUGUUGAUUGGGGUCUUCCAUGUCCAAGUCCAAGGAGCCUUUUUUCUAGAAUGCUAGAUGGAGAUAAUGGAAGUGGUGGAACCGGGGCGCAAGAUGGCGAUUCUGGUGCCCAAUUGAGCGACACAAGUUAUCCGACCGAACACAAGUCGAGUUCGCGGGGUGGUCUUGUUGAAAGAAUUGCUGCUAGGGCUGGAUUUAAUGCUCCUAGGUUGAAUACAGAAAGCAUUAGAUCUACUGAUCUUUCGCUCAAUUCUGAGAUUCAGUCGCCUUACUUGACUAUACCGCCUGGUCUUAGUCCUACUACACUUUUAGAUUCUCCGGUGUUCCUUGCAAAUUCAUUGGCACAACCAUCUCCAACAACAGGAAAGUUUCCAUUUGUUUCAAGUGUCAAUGUUCCAGAAAAAUCUAAAGAUAAUUGCUUUACUGAUAUUUAUGCAUCGUCCUUCGCUUUCAAGCCUACAUCAGAUUUGGGCCCCUCUUUUUAUAAUAGUGCUGGUAGAAAAUCUUCCUUCAAUUUGCAGAUCAAUUCAACGGCACUUCCUCAUCAAUCCCUUCACGGUAUUGAAGCUUCAGUUCAUUCAGAAAAUUCUUUUCAACCUCAAAGAAUUGAUGCGGUUAAAGUUCAAGCCGAGAAUAAAAGUAGCUUCCAUCUUCAGGCCAACUUCUCCGACUCGCAGCCUCAAAAAGACAAUGGAAUCAAAAUGUUCUCACCCGAUCAAAGGGCUUUUGACACUGUUGGUGGUAGCGUCGAACAUGCUACACCAAUGGAAGAGCAAGCAGAUGAAGAGGGAGAACAAAGAGUCAACGGAGACUCGUUGGUUGCCGGUGUUGGUGGUACUCCAUCUGAAGACGGGUAUAACUGGAGAAAAUACGGUCAAAAGCAAGUGAAGGGUAGCGAAUAUCCGCGAAGUUACUACAAAUGUACUCAUACAAAUUGUCCGGUGAAAAAGAAAGUAGAACGUUCUCAUGAGGGCCACAUAACGGAGAUCAUCUAUAAGGGGGCACACAACCACCCGAAACCUGCUCCAAGUCGCCGGUCAGGCAUGGGGUCGGCGAACCCUCAUGCUGACAUGCAAGUGGACAAUCAUGAACAUGUUGAACCACAGAGUGGUGGCGAAGGUGACCUCGGCUGGGCUAAUGCACAAAAGGGAAAUAUAGCUGGUGUUGGUAAUUGGAAGCAUGACAACCUUGAAGUGACAUCAUCUGCAACUGUUAUCCCCGAGUAUGGCAACCAAUCCAACAAUCUGCAAACUCAAAAUGGUACUCACAUUGAUUCGGGAGAUGCCGUGGACGGCUCAUCUACUUUCUCUAACGAAGAAGAGGAAGAUGAUCAAGGCACUCAUGGUAGUGUAUCGUUAGGUUAUGAUGCGGAAGGAGAUGAAUCGGAGUCUAAAAGACGGAAAUUGGAAUCAUAUGCAACAGAGAUGAGUGGAGCUACUAGAGCCAUUCGCGAGCCUAGAGUUGUUGUGCAGACUACUAGCGAAGUAGAUAUCCUUGAUGAUGGUUAUCGAUGGCGGAAAUAUGGACAAAAAGUUGUCAAAGGAAAUCCCAAUCCAAGGAGUUACUACAAGUGCACCAAUGCAGGGUGCACCGUAAGGAAGCAUGUUGAAAGAGCAUCACAUGACCUUAAAUCUGUGAUUACAACAUACGAGGGAAAGCACAAUCACGAUGUCCCCGCUGCUCGUUCCAGCAGUCAUGUCAAUGCAAAUGCUUCAAACACGGCAUCAGGUCAAGCUUCCGGUCUUCUUCAAUCCCACAUUCAUAGACCCGAAUCAUCUCAAGUUCACAACGGCAUGGGAAGGCCUUCACUCGCCUCAUUUAACCUUCCUGGAAGACAGCAGCUAGGUCAUCCACACGGCUUCUCCUUCGGCAUGAAUCAACCUAUCAACCUAUCGAACCUUGCAAUGUCGGGAAUGGGACCCUCAGCGCAAUCAAAGCUUCCUGGAAUGCUUAUGAAUCCGUUCAUGGCGCAACAACAACAACAUCAACAACAGCAGCAGCAGCAGCAACAUCAACAUCAACAACGCGCCGGAAAUGAAAUGGGGUUUGUGUUGCCAAAAGGAGAACCGAAUGUGGACGAACGCGGCCUUAACAUGCAUAAUGGUUCAUCAUCAAUGUAUCAAGAAAUUAUGAAUCACAUGCCUCUUGGACCUCACAUGUAAAAUUUUACAUUCUCUUAUAUUCUUUAAAAAGCAAACUCAUGUUUUACAUUUUAUGAUUUACAUAUAUACACAUAUGUAAUGCUCAGACAUACAUAGGUGGACUUCACACACAUUAAUCUUAUUGUGAUGUGUGACAUUAUUCUUCACAUUUUAAAGAUAUAUGUAGUUUGUUCUGCUGAAUUUAUUUCA